UUGGUUGGCUAAAUCCUGUCACGUGAUCCCUGCAAAUAUGGCGGCGCCCGGGUUCUAAGCCGUGAAACGUGCACCGAGACUAGUUCGAUUCUCUGUGCGGAGAGGCUUAACGGGCAGAGGCGUCCGCGAAUGUCCCAUGCGAGGAUCGUUCUUUGGCUAAGCCUCACUCUCCGCUCCGCUCGCAGCCUCUCAAGAGCCCAGUUUAUGGAGGGGCAGCGCCAAGGGCGGCCGAACCCAGGAGCUAUGGGGAAUGACGCCGGGUCCCAAGUAGAAGAGCGCCCACCUGCGGCCCAGGAGACGAUAGUCACCGAGGGGGCCGCCAAGAUUGUCUUCCCCUGUGCCAACGAAGUCUUCUACAAUCCAGUGCAGGAGUUCAAUCGGGACCUGACGUGUGCUGUGAUCACCGAGUUUGCUCGCAUUCAGCUUGGGGCCAAAGGAAUCCAGAUCAAGGUGCCAGGGGAGGAGGACAUCCGGAAGGUGGCUGCGGACUUGUCAGAGCAAGAGAAGGAAAAGUUUGAACCAAAAGAGGGUGAAAACCUGGUCCCAGGAGACCAACCUCGAACAGCAGCUGUGGGGGAGAUCUGUGAGGAAGGCCUGCUGGUGCUGGAGGGCCUGGCAGCUUCUGGCCUUCGUUCUAUUCGCUUCGCUAGAGAGGUGCCUGGGCUUCAAUCAGUGAUUGCCAAUGAUGCCUCGGCCCGGGCCGUGGAUCUCAUGCGCCAUAAUGUGCAGCUCAAUGAUGUGGCCCAUCUGGUCCAGCCCAGCCAGGCAGAUGCUCGGAUGCUGAUGUACCAGCACCAGAAAGUGUCUGAGCGUUUUGACGUCAUAGACCUGGACCCCUAUGGCAGCCCUGCUCCCUUCCUGGAUGCUGCUGUGCAGGCAGUGAGCGAAGGAGGGCUGCUCUGUGUCACCUGCACUGAUAUGGCUGUGCUGGGAGGGAACAGCGGGGAGACAUGCUACAGCAAGUAUGGGGCCAUGGCCCUCAAGAGCCGUGCGUGCCAUGAGAUGGCCCUGAGGAUUGUCCUGCACAGUCUGGACCUCCAUGCCAACUGCUACCAGCGCUUUGUGGUGCCACUGCUUAGCAUCAGUGCAGACUUCUACGUGCGUGUUUUUGUGCGAGUCUUCACGGGCCAGGCACAUGUCAAGGCCUCAGCCAGCAAGCAGGCUCUGGUGUUCCAGUGUGUGGGCUGCGGUGCCUUUCAUCUGCAGCGCCUUGGCAAAGUGGUCACAGCUUCCAGCGGGCGGGUCAAGUUCUCCGCAGCCUGCGGUCCCCCUGUGACUCCCGAGUGUGAACACUGCGGGCAGCGACACCAACUUGGUGGCCCCAUAUGGGCAGAGCCCAUCCAUGACCUUGACUUCGUAAGAAGAGUUCUACAGGCUGUGAGCACCAACCCCUGCCGCUUCAACACCUCAGAGCGGAUCCAAGGGGUCCUGAGUGUGGUCACUGAGGAGCUUCUGGAUGUGCCCCUCUACUAUACUCUGGACCAGCUGAGCAGUACCAUCCACUGUAAUACGCCCAGCCUCCUGCACCUAAGGUCGGCCCUCCUCCACGCUGGCUUCCGAGUCUCGCUUUCCCAUGCCUGUAGGAACGCGGUGAAGACCGACGCGCCGGCCGAGGCUCUCUGGGACAUCAUGCGAUGCUGGGAGAAGGAGUGCCCGGUGAAGCGAGAGCGGCUGUCAGAGACCAGCCCGGCGUUCCGCAUCCUCAGUGCAGAGCCCAGGCUGCAGGCCAACUUCACCGUCCGGGAAGAUGCCAACCCCAGCUCCCGCCAGCGAGGGCUCAAGCGCUUCCAGGUCAACCCAGAGGCCAACUGGGGGCCCCGGCCCCGGGCCCGGCCAGGGGCCAAGAACACAGGCGAAGCUGAGGAGAGACGAAGGCUCAGGCAGAAUAAGCGGAAGGAGCUAGCUGAGGACCUGGCUCAGCAGGCUGCUCGCCUCAAGAUGUUUCCUUGCAAAAGGUUCAGAGAGGGCACUUGUGACCGAGGAGACCAGUGCUGCUACUCACACGACCAGCCCACUCCCAGAGCCUCUGCUGCCCCCACAGAUGGCCCGGAGACCUCCAACCAGAGCCCACCAGGCUUGGGGCCACCACUGGGCCAUGUGUAGGCUGAGCUAAUAAAGAGAUGUUGCACUGCA